UGUGUUCUCCAUCAUGCACAUUUCAAGUUUUCAACUCAUAUUUGCUGCUUCUCUCUCAAGUCUCAAGUCUCAAGUCUCAACUUAAAGAAUUGUAGCUUCAAAUGAUUCAAAGCUAAGCCACCACCUUCGACCACUAUCUCUCUCCCCCACAAGCCACACGUUUGCAAGUUGCCGCAUAUAAUACCACUAAAAAAGCAAAAGAAUUUAUUCAUUUUUCAUUGUACUCUAUUCGUUUGAAAAAAAAUUGAGACUUUUUAAUUGAGGGCAUCAACAACAAUGAAGAUGACAAUGAUGUUGUGCCACGAAGCUCAGCCGUCUUUAUUGCAAAUACCCACUGGCGGAAUGAACUUAUCGAUGCUCCGGUGCCGGCCACAGAAGGAAAAAGUGGUGGUGGUUAUGGGUGCCACAGGUACAGGAAAAUCAAGACUCUCCAUCGACCUCGCCGCAAGUUACCCCGCCGAGAUUAUAAACUCCGAUAAAAUGCAAGUAUAUGAAGGUUUAGACAUCGUCACCAACAAAAUCACCGACGAAGAAUGCGACGGCGUCCCCCACCACCUCCUCGGAAUAGUGGACCCGGAAGCGGAUUUCACCGCCAGAAAUUUCGUCAGUACAGCGUCAAUCACCAUGAAAUCGAUUGUCGGAAGAGGUAAACUUCCGAUCAUCGCCGGAGGAUCCAAUUCUUUCAUUGAAGCAUUGAUUGAUGAUCAGAAUUAUGAAUUCCGGUCACGUUACGAGGUUUGUUUCUUGUGGGUCGACGUCGCAAUGCCUGUGCUUCACCGCUUUGUUUCCGACAGGGUUGAUCGGAUGGUGGACGCCGGAAUAGUCGAAGAAGUUAGAAAAAUGUAUAACCCUAACGCAGAUUACUCAAAAGGGAUCCGACGAGCUAUCGGAGUGCCGGAAUUCGAUGCCUAUUUUCGAUCUGAGUAUUCAUCUUCCUUCGACAAGAAAACUCAGGCCAAAUUAUUAGAAGAAGCCAUUAAUGAAACAAAGAUUAAUACAUGCAAACUAGCCUGCCGGCAGCUCGAAAAAAUUCACCGUCUAAGGAACGUUAAAGGAUGGAAAAUUCACCGGCUGGACGCUACCGCCGUCUUCCAGAAAAGGGGCGGCAGAGAAGCCGAUAAGUCGUGGGCGGAGAUGGUGGCAGGACCAGGGUCAGUGAUUGUAAACCAGUUCAUGUACAACUUCAGUCAUUCCCGGAGCUUCGCAACGGCAGCGGACGGUGGUGGCAGAGCCAUUAAAAGAGGGGCGGCGAUGGCCGCCGCAGUUCUCUAAUAGUACAGACGGAAUUAAUAUUAUUCCAUGACCAAGUUGACGGAUGACGGACAUAUAUUGACAAAUUUUUGUAUGAAUAAGCAUACUGAAUACUGAUACGGUAGCUGAGAGUGAUUUUAAAUUUUUGCCCCGGACUUGUAACAUGCAUUGUGGCCUUGUACUGCACAAGUCAUGAUGCAUGUUUUCAUAGAAUUCCGGUAAAAUCCCCCUGAUUAUCACUGUUAUUUUUGUUAUUUCUUCAGCUCGAUUGAAAAUAAUAAACAUCAUCUCUUCUCUUA